UUUUCCCCCAGUGUUUGCCUGACGUUGAUGACGGAAAAGAGGGGGAAAGUAUACAACUGGUUCAUUAGACGCCCACGAGCUGAUCUGGUAACACUGUGAGCAUCAAGAGAAGUUAGUUGAAGAGGAAGAGAAGCGCGAUGGCGUUCACCUCAGCGGUUCUCCUGCUCCUGUCUGUGGGUUUAUUCACAGUAACAGACGGUUUUGGAGAUGACUGUAAGAGCUACUUCACCAGCAACGGGUACAGGUCUUCGAUUAACUGCGGGUUUAUGCUGCACUGCUGUGGAAGCUGCGAUAACAGAUUCUGCUGCUACUCUGAAUCUUCGAGAUUAUCCUAUCAUGAGCAAGAUAUGUGCACUAUCAGAAACAGUGGUAUUGCCAUUGGUUUAUCAAUAGCAGGGGUUGUGGUCUUCAUCGUCUUGUUAAUCACCUGCUGCUGCUGCCCCUGCUGCUGUAUCUAUCAAAUGUGCAGAAAACCCAGACCUGCGGUACAAACACAUGUAACUACAGUCAUGAAUACACAAUCCAUUCAGCCGCAGCCUGUAAUGCAGGGAGGCCAGUACCCACAAUACCAACCAGUGCCGACUCAAGCAGGUUACGGGGGUCAGCCAAUGCAGACAGGACCAUAUCAGGGACAGUCAUAUGCACCAGGACCCCCACCCUCGUAUCACGUGGCCAUGAGUCCUGGAUAUCCCACUAUUCAGGGAGGCCAGGCCAUGUACCCCAUGCAACCGCCUGCCCAGCCAGGUGCUGCUCCUAUGCUUUCAGAGACAUCAAAACAGCCGGCUUACAACCCCGCCUACAUGCAGCCACCAAACACUGGUUACUAAACCGCAACCGUGUGUCAAAUCAGUCAUUGCUGGAUUGUGGAGUUUGACGCACUUUCUCAAGGCAGUAAGAAUGUGCAUUAUACAAGACUAUUUGAUGUGCUAUAGUCAGGGUUAUUACCGUUUUUAAUUUU